AUGGUCGUGUUCACUUCAAACUUUGAGAGCGAUGAUGUUUUUUAGGAACAAAGGCGUGUUUCUUCUGAGUUGGCUCUGCUUUUACUUACCGAGCGUGCAAGGAGUUGAGACAGGAAAACUUGCCAUCAAUCAGGAAGGAAGUUGCGGAGGCCAUUGUCAGACAGUGACAUUUAGCAGCCGUUUCUCCGGUGGAGCUCCGUAUGUGUUCGCUUCUCUUAACCAUGGAAAUAUCUCAUCUAUUGUCCACGAUAUUGCAUUUGUUUGGGUUGAAGAUGUCACUGCAGCUGAUUUCAAAGCCUGUCUGGUGCAAGGAGGAUUUAGCUCCGGAGGGAACACCACCAUCGAUUGGCUCGCGUUCCACGGUUCACAAUCGGGAGUUUAUCAUGGAAAAGUCAGCUUCGGCCUGUUUACCACUGGAACAAAAUGUGAACAAGUCACAUUUCCUCAGGUCUUCUCACAGCUGCCUAAAGUGCAAGUAACUGUCAAACACACUGCUUCAAACCAAUCCCAGGACGCCAUGAGCGUUUGGAUUGAAAGCCUCUCCAGAAGUCAGUUUGAAGUUUGUCUGAGGGAAUCAAGGACGUUUGAUGGACCUCAUCGCAAUCUUGUGGUGAACUGGAUGGCAUAUGUGAAUCAUCCAUCUUCGUGGGGAGCAGAAGAGUCUUCGGAAGUUGUGUUUUCUGAAUAUGAGACACCAAAUGCAAGAAACAGUCAUGCCUUGUGCGAGAACAUCAACUUCACAAACCCAUUUUACAAGCCACCAGUUGUUCUCACAACUGUACUCAAUGGACGCAACAACCGUGUUAACGUAGGAAGUCAAUCAAAAGGUCCCUUAGUCAGUUGGCUGGAGGAAGUAACCAAGUCUUACUUUCGAGUUUGUAUUAAGGAUGACGCAGGCUAUGGUGGUCAGAGGGAAAAUAUAAAUGUGAACUAUUUAGUCAUAGGAGACCUCGAGCCCUGUAGGAAUGUAAGCUGUGAAUAUCACAGUCAUUGCGUUGCCUUGGGUCCCCAGCAGGUCACAUGUCGCUGUGAAAGUAGCUGCCCAUCAUUUGAAGAACAAGUCUGUGCCUCCAACGGCCGUACUUUCAGAAAUCUCUGCUUACUGGAGAAAGAAAUUUGUACAACAAGAGGAAACUACUCUUAUAUUCAUCCGGGAAGUUGCACAGGUUUUCCACUUCAGAAAGGAAGACAUAAGUUUCGGAACGUCCCUUCCUGGGCAGAAGAUCAGUGUGAAUCCAUAACCUUCGAUCCUUUCAUAUUUUAUCCUCACAAGAAAAUCUACGUUCAACUUACUGUUAAUCACUUUAAUUAUUCUGAUCCCGCCAUCGUGCACGAGGCCACUGCACCCUGGGUUGAGAGUGUUAACACCACGCAGUUCACAGCCUGUGUCACUCGAGCUGGUAGAAAUGAUUACCCCUCUGAUAGCUUUGCCGACGUUGAUUGGGUCGCAUAUCAGGGUGCUCCCUCUGGGGGUGUGGCUGGCGAAGAAAAGUUCUCCAGAUGGUGGACUGGAACUAGUUGUCAAACAAUUACCCUUCCAAGCGGAAAGUUCCCCGCCUCGCCAACAGUAAUUGUAACUGCUGAACACUACAGGUCAGGCUUAAAACAUGAUGCUACCAGCGUGUGGCUGGAAGAUGUCUCAGCGAGUUCGUUUAAGAUUUGUCUACGAGAGUUUCAAAACUUUGCAGGGGUUCAUGAUGACAUCUCUGUGAACUGGCUGGCGUUUGAUUCUCUUCAGAGACCGCUCUUUAGGGAACACAAUGAUGUCAGCUUUCAAAACAACGCUUCGCCUGUUAAGAAUCAUAACUUUGCCUUCUGUAAGGAUGUGAGCUUCAUUGGUAGUUACAGCAAAUCCCCAACCGUGCUUUUGACAGCUAAACAUUCUACUUCUGGAGGAAAUGCUGCUGCAGAAUGCAAUGGUAUAGUGAGCUGGAUAGAGUACAUCUCCACCUCUGGCUUUAGAAUAUGUGUCAAGGAAGUCUUUGUCAACCGCUUUGAUCCACUCACUGUAUCAUAUGCAGUAUUAGCAGACAUAUGUCAGGAAGGAUGGGCCUAUUAUAAGGGAUACUGCUACAGACGAAUUUCUUCCUGUGAUUCCUGGGGUGGCAGCCAGGCAGCAUGCGCCACUCUUGGGGCUAAUCUUCCCAGCAUACACAGUCAGGAAGAAAAUGUAUACAUACAGAGUCUCCAUGGUGGCGACCACUCUUGGCUCGGCCUUUCUGACAGGAACACUGAAGGUACAUUCGUGUGGAGUGAUGGAUCACAGUUUAAUUUCCAUUACUGGGCGAGCCAUCAACCAAACAAUUUUCAUGAUGAGGACUGCGUCCAUACUCUUGGUUUCCUUGCAAAUCAUAAGUAUAAAUGGAACGAUGUCAAUUGCACAGACUGUCAUAAAUUCACUUGCAAGAAAGACUACAAUGAAUGCAAGGAAUUUGCUCAUGAAUGCCCGGUCAACGCCACUUGUGUGAAUAGUCUUGGUUCGUACUCUUGCCAAUGUCCAGCUGGAUUUCGCCUUAACGGAAGAAGUUGCACAGACGUUGACGAGUGUAGCUCUGGUUCAUCUUCAUGUCAUGCUCAAAGCCAAUGUGUGAAUGUUCCUGGUUCGUACAACUGCACCUGUUUGCCAGGAUACGCAGGGGAUGGAAAGGCGAAAUGUGAAGCUCCACGCCUGACAGCAACAAGCUCUUGCGUGUUAUCAACCUCAACAAGUACAUCUGGAUACAUCAGAAUAACUCGAGCUGGCUCGCAAUAUAGCAAUAAUAUGGAUUGUCGAUGGAAUUUUUCUUCCAAUGCAGUAAUAGAACUUGUCUUCUUCAGUUUUCGUACUGAAUCGUCUGCAGAUUUCGUGUCUGUGUACGAUGGUGGGUCGCUGUCGUCGCCUCUGAUUAGAAAAAUGAGUGGAUCUUCUCUCCCGCCACCCAUCACGAGUUCUUCUGUUAAUCUCUACGUAAAGUUUUCGUCUGAUGGCGCAAAUACGUACGACGGUUUUGUAGCAGCAUAUCGAGUUCUUACCGCUGGAUCCUUACGUAUCAGUGGAAACACUGCCGUUGGAAGGGUUGAAGUCUACUAUGACGGGCAGUGGGGGACAAUCUGUGACGAUGCGUGGGAUAUCAGCGAUGCUAACGUAGUGUGUAGGCAGCUUGGCUACACACGAGCGAAUCGAGCCUACAGUGGCGCCACCCACGGCCAAGGUACUGGUCCAAUUUGGAUGGACGACCUGGCAUGCUCAGGCAGUGAGUCUCAUGUAUAUGACUGUAGACAUCGUGGAUGGGGAGACCAUGAUUGUACACACAGUAGAGACGCCAGCGUGGAGUGUUACACGCCAGUCCGUUUGGUAAAUGGUGGCGCUAAUUAUGGCCGCGUGGAGGUUUAUCACAAUGGGCAGUGGGGCACAGUGUGUGAUGAUAGCUGGGAUAUGAAUGAUGCUAAUGUGGUGUGCCGUGAGCUUGGGUUUCCCAGUGCAUCAUCAGCUCCUCAUAGCGCGCGAUACGGUCAGGGAUCUGACCCCACCUGGAUGGAUGACGUAAACUGUCAUGGAGGAGAAGCUUCUAUAUUGAACUGUGCACAUGGAGGCUGGGGAAUCGAAAAUUGUGGUCAUGAUGAGGAUGCCAGCGUAAUAUGUAACACUUAGAAAACUCUGAAAAUAUUUUGCGAGUUUUUACUAUCUCUAUGCGCUGAAACCAGAUACAUCAUUAUACUAUGUAGAAGAGAAAGAUCACUUCUGAAUGAGUGAAACAGAUUUAGAGUUAAAAAUCAGAAGCUGUCUGCAAGUAGGAAGGGACAACAUUUUCUUUGAAUCGCAAAUACUUUUGACUCAAUUCUAAAUUUUGGGUCCCAAUUUCUUGAGUAAAUUUUAAGUUAGAAACAAAGAGAACUUAACGUAUCUGAUUUUUUUCCUGAGGCUGAUCAUCCUUAUGUUGAUCAACAAUCUGGUACGCUUUGAAAAUAGCAACCUCAUUAUGUAAGCUUUUAUUUCACUAUUUCCUUAUUAUAAAUUUUGUAAACAUUAAAAAUAAUGAUUUGUACAACGUUCUCAAGAAUAAUGCUUAUGUUUUAAUGGUAAAUAAAAUA